UCAAGGGAAGUCUUUGUAGAGAGACCAGUUUCCAGACUGGAAAAGCCAUGACAGACGCCAACAAGCUGAUCAUCAACUUGGCUCUCUUUGGCAUGACUCAGAGUGGGAAAAGUUCUGCUGGGAACAUUCUGCUGGGAAGCUCUGACUUCUGCAGCAGCUUUGCUCCAUGCUCUGUGACCCAAGACUGCAGCCUGGGACGCAGCUGUCACCUCCGUGGAUUCAUGCGCCGAGGGGGUCAAGAGGUAACCCUGCAGGUCCAGGUGCUGGACACUCCAGGUUAUCCACACAGCAGGCUCAGUGAGAAUCAUGUGAAACAGGAGGUUAGGGACGCUCUGGCCCGUCACUUUGGGCAAGAGGGCCUCCAUCUUGCAUUGCUAGUCCAGAGAGCAGACGUGCCUUUCUGUGGACAGGAAGCAGCGUGCCCAGUCCAGAUGAUCCAGGAAAUUUUGGGACAUGACUGGAAGAGCUACACUGCUGUUCUUUUUACCCAUGCAGAAAAAAUAGAAGAGGCUGGAUUCAAUGAAGAUAAAUAUUUACAUGAGGCCCCUGAUACACUCCUGACACUGAUAAAUUCUAUUCAGCACAAAUAUGUUUUCCAGUAUAAAAAAGGAAAAUCACUUAAUGAACAAAGAAUAAAAAUCUUAGAAAGAAUUAUGGAAUUUAUAAAAGGGAAUAGUUACCAAGUUCUUACCUUUAAAUAAAAUUUGGGUAAAAGGAAAGAGCUUUGAUAUGGGAAUCAGAAACUUGGUUUCAAAAACUGCCUUUGUUAGCAUGACUGUGUAUCAUGAGAAUCCCCAUACAUUGGUAUAACCAUUUUAAGAAACUGGAAGAUCAGGUAGCGCCUGUGGCUCAAGGAGUAGGGCCCCGGCCCCAUAUGCCAGAGGUGGAGGGUUCAAACCUGGCCCCGGCCAAAAAAAAAAACAAAAAAACUGGAAGAUAAAAAUAACAUCAAGGAUUUAAGGUUUCUAAUACAAAUCUCAUAACCUAGCAAUUGCACUCCUAAGUGUAUAUCCAACAUAAAUGUGUACAUUUGUGUACUGACAUGUAUGUACAAGAAUGUUCAUAGCAAUACUAUUCAAAGUAGGUAAAAACUAGAAACCAUUCUAGUGUCCAUUAAUAGUAGAAUGGGUAAGUUAAUUGGGUAUGUUCUUACAUUGGGAUAGUAUACUGU